AUGGCCCACAGGCACCACAAGACGCCAAAGAGGGAGGCCAGGAUCGUCUGUGCCGCAAAGAAAAAGAAGCAGCAGUUUGGGCGGAGUGCUAAUGCAGCGACCCCGGGAAUUUUGGACGAGGAGCUGGAGGCCGCGUACAGGCAGUUUGGAAAAGCGCUGGGCGAGACCCCCCGGGAGACCUCCCAAGUGGUGCAUGAGAAUCUCAACAUCCCGGCCGCUUCGGCGCAGGGCCGCUCAGGGACUUCUGCCAACCCAAAUGAGAGGCGGAUGAGCGAGGAGAGCUAUGCGCAGUUUGAGGCGAUGCUGGACCGCGCAAUGAAGGGCUCGGGCGACUCGCAGCCCAAAUCGCUCCUCAAGGGCAAAAACACAGUGGCGUUGCAAGCUGGGGAGAGGGAACGGAGGAAGGUCAUAAUGGAGCUGAUGGAGAGCACGCUGUACUCUGAGACAGAGUCGUUCUCAGUGGAUCUGGGCUUGGAUGUCAUCCAGCCAGCCUCCAGGAAGCCGCAGGAGGAGGUCCCGGAGCUGAUCUUGCCGCGGGGCAAAGCGGCGACGUCGGCAAAGCGGCCGGCCGCGCGCGCAGCUGCGGGGAAGCUGGAGGGAACGCCAGCGCUUGCGGGGCCGCUGCCUGUGCCAGCGCUGCAGAUGCCCAAGGGGAAGCUGCCAAGGAGGGAACCCCCCGCGACGGCAACCGUUGCCCCCCCGGCCGCGCUGCAGCCGCCACUGCCCGUGCCGGCAUUCGCCCCGAAGCCAAGUCUCGCGGCACCAAAGGUGCGCUGCUUUACUGCAUCAUGCGAUUUAAUGGGCAUGCCUGGGAGGCAUCUGAGAACUGCAACCAGCUCUUGA